ACAAGAAGAGAGUCAGUCAAAGUCAUCGUCUACCUAGUUAAAGAAGGUGUUGCUCUUGCCUGCCUGCCUUGAAAGGCAAAACAAAACAAGAAGCCUCCUUUCCGCACUCUGAUUUCUCCUCCUCCCACUCAAAGGAAACUCCUCUGAUUUUUGAAUACAAUUCAAAAAACUUCAACAGCAGCAGAGCAACAAUGUCCCAAUUCGUGUCUAGCUUCUUCAAAGAAACCACAAAACCUUUAACAUCAGGUCGACGCCCAUGGUCCGUUUUCCUAGACCUCACCUUACUGAACCUCCCCUCUUCAAUCCACGACACCACCACAAGGAUAACCCAAAACGUCCUUCAUUUCUCGGUUAAUUACUCCAUAAUCCUCUUGAUAAUCCUCUCUUUAUCCCUCUUAAUCCAUCCUCUGGUGCUAAUCGCCUUGUUCAUUACUCUAAUUGCCUGGCUCUCUCUCUAUUUCUCUCGCGAGGAGCCGCUUUGGUUUUUGGGCUAUCAAGUGAGUGACUGGAUGGUGUUGGUUGUGCUCUUUGUGGUUGACUUUUUGGUUGUGAUGUGGGGUGGGGUUUUUCAGAAUGUUGUCGUUGGUGGUGGGAUCGCUGUCGUUUUGAUGCUUCUGCAUGCUACGUUGAGGAGUACGGAUGAUCUUGUUGCUGACGAUAUUGAAACCUCGCCGUAUGCCAACUUGCUCUCUGAUGAUGAUGGUGACUACAAUGCUCCUCCAACUGGUGGCUUGUAGUUUUGCCUAAUUGGAUUGAAAAGAAAAGAAAAGGGAAUUGUUUGGUUUUAGCGGGAAUUGUUUGGUUUUAGCUUAAUUAAUGUCAUCUUGACUGUAAUUAUGGCAUUGCAUGCUUCUCUGUUAUGGUGAUUUGAUGAUUUAAUUCUUGCUUAGAAUGACUUACAUACCCAGUUAUCAACUUAUUAUGCUUCUUUU